GCGUGUCCCGAAGCCCCGCCCCUCCUCCCUGUCGCCUCGUGCAGCAGUCUCUCGCCUUGCCCCAGACUGCAGGAGCCAGAGACGCGCAGCAUCCUCGCUCCGGACGCAGAUUCCUCCCACGCUCCACACCAUAGACCGAAAGGAAGAUGAAGUCCACCAUUGGUAUUGCAGUCCUCGUGACAGUGCUCCAAGUUGCCCGCUGCCAGAGGAUUAGAAGCCUGACCGCUUGCAUGAGCGACCAAAGCCUGCGCUUGGACUGUGCGUACGAAAAGAAGACUUCGAAUGCCCUGAGCUACGACUUCCGCCUGAGCAGGGAUGCCGGUGUGGGGGUUGUUGUUGCCAGCAACCAGAACGUCCCCAACGCCAUGUACAAGAACCGGGCCAACGUCACUGUGUCCAACAACCUGGUGUGCCUUCACCUCGCGGGCUUCACCACCGCCGAUGAGGGGACCUAUGUGUGCAGGCUGAAGAUCACCAACGAUUAUGAGGAUAACCAGAUGAAGAACAUCUCAGUUUUCAAAGACAGGCUGGAGAAAUGCGCAGGAAUCAGCCUCUUGAUCCAAAACACCUCCUGGCUGCUGCUGCUGCUGCUCUCGUUGCCUCUCCUGCAAGCUGUGGAUUUUGUGUCCCUGUAAAGAAGGAGAAGCGAGCGAAAUGGGGAGAG